AUGGAUAGAUUAUCACAAAUCGCAAGCCACUUACUGCCAACCUCCAAUACUGUUGUCGAUUUGAAAUCGAAAAACCCUGGUGAUGUUGUGAUUGUCAGUGCAUAUAGGACUGCUAUAACCAAGGGAGGCAGGGGUUCGUUCAAGUCUUUAAAAUCCGAGGAUAUAUUGUAUUAUUUGUUGAAGAAAUUUAACGAUUUGAAGAUCGUUAGCCCAAAAUUAGUCGAAGAAAUUACUGUUGGAAAUGUGCUAAAUAAAGGUGCUGGAGCCAAUGAACAUCGAGCUGCUUGUCUUGCAGCUGGGUUUCCCAAAGAGGUUCCUGUGUUGGCAUUGAAUAGACAGUGUUCAUCAGGUUUAAUGGCUGUUAAUGACAUUGCAAACAAGAUCAUUGCCAAUCAGAUUGAUAUUGGAUUAGCAUGUGGUGUUGAGUCAAUGUCGACAUUUUUUGGACCAAGUGCAGUGUAUCAAUUGUCUGAUACUUUAUCUAAAGACAAAGAAGCAACUAAAUGUUUAAUUCCAAUGGGUAUAACCAAUGAAAAUGUGGCUGAAAAAUUUGGUAUUUCAAGGAAAGAACAAGACAAGUUUAGUGCUGCAUCUUAUCAAAAGGCUGAAAAGGCAUUAAAGAAUAAUCUUUUCAAGAAUGAGAUUUUGUCAUUAGAAAUUGAGCUUGAAGAGGAGAAUGAUAAUGAUGAUGAUGAUGAUGAUGAGGAUGACGAAAAUGAUAAUGCUGAGAAAAAAGUAACAAACAAAAUAAAACACAAGUUGGUUGUAGAUAGAGAUGAAGGACCCAGAAUGAAUGUCACUCCUGAAUCGUUAUCUAAAAUCCGACCUGCAUUUAAAAAGAAUGGUGUUACACAUGCUGGUAAUGCAUCUCAAGUAUCGGAUGGCGCUGCACUUGUGUUGCUUAUGAAAAGAAGUGUAGCUGAAUCAUUGGAUUUAAAGCCAAUUGGAAAAUACAUUGGGUGUGUAUCUGUUGGUGUUGCACCUGAGAUAAUGGGCGUUGGUCCUGCUUAUGCCAUUCCCAAAGUAUUAACAAAGUUUAAAUUGAGUGCUGAUGACAUCAAGAUAUUUGAAAUCAACGAGGCAUUUGCUGCGCAAUGUCUAUAUAGCAUACACACAUGCAAUAUACCCAUGGAAAAGGUCAAUCCAAGAGGAGGUGCAAUUGCGUUGGGACAUCCCUUGGGUGCAACAGGUGCAAGACAGGUAUCCACACUAUUGAACCAGCUACAAGAUGGUGAAAUUGGGUUAACAAGUAUGUGUGUUGGAAGUGGUAUGGGUGCAGCUGCUUUAUUUGCUAAGGAAGGUUAA